UUGCAUGGAUAACUAAGUUCACAAUUUUGUCGCUGCUCCUCGCAUACGUUGAAGGCAGCCGUAGAGCUGCAGCUCGCGUACACGGUGGCUCACCAGCGAAGCCGCAUUCUGCGCCCUUUCACGUAUCGAUUAUUAGUGCAACAGAGAAGUCUCAUGUCGUGGGCGGCGCUAUAAUACAUCGCAGAUUUGUCUUAACAUGUGCCCACAGCUUUCGAUCAGUAAGUAGAGUACAUCAGCGAGUGAUUGCGGGCACACAGGACAUCAAAGAGAAUAAUACAAUGAUUAUGUUGCUCCACAUUAAACGUGUAUUCCUUCAAUGCGCCCAACUUCGUAAGAACUAUGACUAUCAAGAUGUGGCUCUAUUGGAAACAGAUAGAACCAUAAUAUUUGCCUGGAACAUACAACCCAUACUAAUUCAUCCUUAUCUAAUACCCAAUGGCACCAAGCUGAUGCUUUAUGGGCAUGGUUUACGCGAAGAUAAUGAGCGCUCAGCUGUGCUACAGGAAGUGGAGACCUACUAUCUAGACGAGGAUGCAUGCCAAGGGUAUAUUAAGAAAGAAACGCCAUUUGAUCUUGGAGUUCUAUGUCACUCGCCUUUCAAGACGGGCAAAGGCACUUGCUUUGGCGAUUCGGGAAGUCCUGUAGUUAUGCAAGUACAGUGAACUCAGCUUACCCGGACGAUCCACUCGAUGAAUAUAGAUAAGUGCAUUAGAAAAUAAUCGCAAUAUUAUUCUGUCUCAAAGCGGAAUGAAAGUGAAAUUCAAGUGGAAGUCAUUUCUGCUACGCAAAUUUUCAUUAUUUACGGUUUAAAAAUACACACUUAACAAAUAAGUCUUAAUAUUAAGUGGUUCUUAUAUAAACAGUGUAAAUAAA